GGCUUUUCUUGUUUUUCUAUGUUAUGAGGUCGCUGUCUGCAGAAACGUUCUUGCGGCCGUGUGCGCUGCUUUUUACAGUAUUAUGCUUGGCCAUCGUCGCUGUGUCCGGGCUUGACGCUGGGCAGACCACCCUGCGUGUCGCGGCAGGCCAAGCCGCCAAUGACUCGCUGCUAUGGGGGACGUAUCGUCCCAACCUGUAUUUUGGCACACGUCCACGUCUUCCUGAAUCCCUGUCCACCGGACUCUUAUGGUUUGACGGUAGUCGUUUCCAAAGUAUUCAAAAAAUGCGACACGCUUGCGAUCAAGGCGAUGAUAUCAAUGGUUAUGGAUAUCAGAGACACGACGGAAGACAAUAUGCAUCUCAGACCAUCAAUGACGGGCCAAGCAACAUUGCCAUCACCACUGAAUUCAUCAAAGUACCUGGUGCCAAUCCUGGUGGUAAUUGGGGCGUGCGGAUUCGAGGCAAGCCUAUGCGCAAAGAUGCUCCUAGUAUUACAAAUAUUCUGUUUUACAUUGGACUCGAAGGAUCGGGUAGUAUGGAUAUUGUGAGCAAGUUGUCGGAUAAAGGCCUCGAAUCGCCCGUCCGACUCGAAGGGGAUACGCCCGACUUGGGUGAUUUCGAAAUCCAGAUUGUAGAAGGACCUCUGAAUGAGCAUCCGACUUCUACCACGGGCCAGGAUUUAUCUCGCACUCAAUGGUUCGGACGCGAAGCUCCCGAUGGAUUCUUGUGGAAAGCAAAAGAAAUGAUCAUGGAGAACCUGUUAUUGUCAGCACGUAAAAGAGUAAUGCAGGGUAGCCAAGAGGACGCUCUCCAAAAUCCAUCGUCUUACUUUACCCUGAGCAACGAGUUGGUCGAAUCCGAAGACGAAGUCGCCAACUUUUACAUUUUCCAAAAAGUGUUUGCAGGCGAAUUCCAGUUUGAUGUGUUAUUCCGUUCACUGAAUGAAGCCGGCCGCCAAUUCUCCAGUGAGAAAUUGGGAGCUGAAUUGAUUCGUCAGGAACGCGAGUUUGAUGCCCGUUUUGAAAAAACGUUUCAUUUGGAGGAAAAAGGCUUUUCCCAACGCGAGGUCGGAUUUGCGCAAUACCUGCUAAGCAACCUUGUCGGUGGAAUUGGUUACUUUUAUGGAUCUUCGAUUGUCGAUCGGUCGCGCGGGCCGUUGGAGGAUGAAAUGACAAAUCCGGGUGAAUCCAAACCUCAGCUGGAUGGACCCCAUCAUUUGUUUACGGCGACACCCAGUCGCCCUUUCUUCCCGAGAGGAUUUUACUGGGAUGAAGGAUUCCACCAGCUGCUCAUUGGCAAAUGGGACAAUGACCUUAGCUUGGCGAUUAUCAAGGACUGGGUUGCCCUGAUUGACGAAAAUGGUUGGGUCGCCAGAGAACAGAUCCUCGGUGAUGAAGCGCGAAGCAAAGUCCCCGCUGAAUUCCAGACCCAGUUUCCUCAUUAUGCUAACCCGCCUACUCUGUACCUUGCAAUCAAGCGUUACGUCGAUCGUGUCACCCGUCACGCCGACGCCAUGAACGAUGAACCUCAACUCACGUCGUUCCAGGAUCCCGAGACCGUACGCUCCCUUCAUUUGCAUGAUCCUGUCUUGGCUCGUACUUGGCUGGAAUCCGUGUACCCGAAACUCAGACUGAAUUGGCAAUGGUUCCGUCAAACCCAACGCGGCGAUCUCUCCCACUUUGGUCGUGACGCCCCCAACGACGAAGCUUACCGCUGGCGCGGUCGCACACCGAAUCACACAUUGACCUCAGGAUUGGACGAUUAUCCACGCGGAGAGCCUCCGAAUGUUGGUGAACUUCAUGUGGAUUUGUUAGCAUGGAUGGCGUACGCUACUGAGCUUCUUAAAGACAUUGCGAUGCAUUUGGGAGAUGAUUAUGCGGCCGAUGUACAGGAAUAUACCAAAGCGCACAAGCAAAUGCUUGUCAAUUUGGAUGUGUUGCACUGGAGUGACGAGCAUCAAGCGUACUGUGAUCAAACCAUCGAAGACGAUGCAGGCAAACGUGAACCUGUGCAUGUUUGCCACAAGGGUUACGUAUCGUUGUUCCCCAUGACUCUCGGUCUCUUGCCUGCCGAUUCGCCCAAAUUGGGGGCGAUUCUGGACAUGAUGCGCAACGAAAACGAAUUAUGGUCUCCAUACGGUCUUCGCUCACUGUCUGCCUCUGAUCCAUUCUAUCGUACUGGCGAGAUUUACUGGCGAGGCCCUAUUUGGAUCAAUAUAAACUUUAUGGCUUUGCAAAGUCUUUACAACAAUUAUAUCCAUGUCCCCGGUCCGUAUCAGCAACGUGCCCAAGAUAUAUAUACCGAUCUUCGAAAGAACAUCAUUUCCAACGUAUUCAAGGAUUAUGUGAAAACUGGCUAUGUCUGGGAACAGUACGAUGAUCGCACCGGUCAGGGCCUGCGUAGUCAUCCUUUCACGGGCUGGACCAGCCUUGUGUUAUUAAUCAUGGCAGAAGAGUAUUAAAAAAAAAAUUCCGUGC